ACUACUACUACUACUACUUCUUUUAAAUUUAUAGAGACAAAAGCUAGCUCAUAAAAUUUUUAUGAGUAAAAUCAAUCAAUCAAUACUGUUUAUUUUGUGUUCCACUUGCUCGUCUCCCGUGAAAUUGAAAAAUCGAUAAUGUUUUGACAUAUUGUCAUGGAAUACGAACUUCCCCAGCGACCACAUACAGUUGGAUCUGUACCAAAAUGGCAUAACCAGUCAGACUCACUGACAAAACUACUACAAGAAAUUCACAAAGAAGCUAGAGGGCCUGUUGAAAAACCAAAACCUCCACAAAAAAAUUAUUUGAAAGAAAACCUUAAACGGUUGAAAGAGAUUCAAGCUUGUGCCAAGAAGAAAUUAGAAGAAAAACAGACAUUAGAACCUCUUCGAGUACCUCAUAGGUAUUAUCAAGCACAGAAAAACUUUCUUGAUGAUCCAUCAAUAAAGGAAAACAUGACCUAUAGAAAUGUUGUCCCACCUAAAACAGCUGGACCAUUUAGAAGAAAUCCCCCUAGCUCUCCAUGUUUGAGUUCAAAGUCUGAAAUUCAUGAAAAACUUCAGACAUCCAAAUCUCUUCCUCGUUUAAAUCAAAUAGAAGAAAGUGAACGGAUAAUAAAAAGCAGAGAAAGCAAUCUUUGGGGCACUCGUAAACCAAUCAGUUUUUCUAAUACUUCAAAAGAAAUAGAGCUAAAGCCUAAAGUGCGACACCAAAUGGGCCAAAUUCCACAGUAUUUGACCAAAAGAAAAAAAGAAUGGGAAAUUGAGAGAGAAAGGCAACAAAAAAUAUUAGAGGAUUCUUCUAUACCUACUGGUUACACUCUUUUGCCUGAUGAUGAAAGAGUUGAGACAUUAGAGUUGCUGAAAAAAAAUCAAGAAGAAUUGAUUAGGAUUUUAGCAGCACUUCCUGUUAGAAAUGACACUAUGCGCUUAAGAAAUCAAAAAGAAGAAUUGGAACGACAACUUGCAAAAGCGGAAGAAGGAAUCAAAAUAUUUUCCAGACCAAAAGUCUUAAUAAAGAGUGAUUCUUAAUAUAGUGUUUAUCAUGGACUAAUGUAUAGAAUAUAACUGCACAUUAGUUUUUUUUUCUUUUAUUAUUUGGUGUUGGUGAUGUGUAAGUCUUAGUGAUUUACUGUUAAUAAUCACUCAUGUUUUUUGACAAGGCUUCUGUUGCUUGCUCUGCAGAUUUACGGAGAAUGAAAGACUACAAUCUUAAAUAACUUUUCCUAGUUUUUCAUGUGAAAUAGUUAAAAUAUGUAGAUAAUCAAAAAAAUUUAACAAGACCAAUAAAUGUGAAUUGAGACAUACAAAUUAUAAAAUUAUAUAUAAAUUGCAAAGAUUUACUGUAAAAACAUAAAAGUCUUUUAAUCAUGUGGUUAUAAAUGGAACAGAAAUUGUAUUUUUUAUAGUUUUGUAAGUAACUUUUAUCAUAUUAGUUUAAAAAUAUUUUUCAUAAAACACAUAAUAUCCGAGCCAUCUAGAGAUUUUUUUUCUUGGUUACAUAUAGUAUUAUUUUUUACAUGCUGUAUGUAUAAGCAAUAUUUUUAUACUAUAAUACAUAUUAUGGUAGAAAAAAGGUUAUUACGAGAUUAUUUUAAGAAGUAACUUGUCACAUCGGUUUAAAAAGGGCUUUCUUUUUUCAAAGCACUUAAUAUUCAAGCCAUUUAUCAAGCUAUUUUUUUACUGUGUUAUUCUUUUUACAUACUGUAUGUAUAAUCUAUAUUUUUAUACUAUACCACAUAUUGUAUUGUAUACCUAUAUUGUAAUCAAAAGUGUAUUUGGAAAUAUUAUUUUUACAAUCCAUUUUCAUUAUACAGUAAAACCUCCAGGAAAGACAACCUCUACUCUGUUUACUUUUUGCAGGCACGGAAUUUUUUCCAUAAACUUUGUGUCGAAGAAAACUUUUAGGAGAGACCAUCAAAACCUCAUCAUCAAAUGCAAAAAAGGUCAAAUAAGGAAAUACAGAAAAAUAUUUCGCAAAACAAAUAAGUAAACUGAAUAUAUUAAAAAUAUUUGUGACUGGCUCUUAUUUGGAGAGCUUUUUUUGAAGAUUUGAGAGAGAUCGACAACCUCAUGUUGCAUUCAGAGUGCAUUAUAGACGAUGCUGUCAAUGAUAAUUUUUAGAGUUGAAAGUUAAAUGGGGGGGAAAAGUUAUUUUUGAAAAGACUAAGCAUCUCAAGCAAACAAACCUCUUCUCAUUUUUAAAGUUUACUAAUUCUUAUGAUAUAAAAUUAGAUGCAAAUUUAGACCCCACAAACAUAAUUGUUUAUUUAUUUAAAAUAGUUCUAUCAUUCAUAAUUGGUAAAUUUGUUUUUACACGUAAUUAGGGCUCGCAUUUAUUGACUUUAAGUAUUAUUCAUCGAUUUGGUUUUCAUAAAGCCAACCUGAGUGGUACUUCCGCUCUAAGAAAAUGACAGUGAAUAAAAUUAAAGUCGCUUGUGAAAAAUCAUGUAUUUUUGAUUACAUUUAAGUCAAUAGAGGCAACCCCUAAGAAUGACCAACCUCCUUUAACAACCAUUUUACUGUAGAACAGAGUGGUCGCUCAGGAAAGGUUUCACUAUGCAAUAUUUAGAUUUCCACUUUUAAUUUAGUUGACAUAGUUAUACCGCAAUGGAUUGUUUGUAUUGUAUGAAAUAAAUAUCUAAAAGUUGUAAAUAGUGUUUUGUUUUAACAUUUUUCAUUUUUGAAAUGUGUGUUUAAAAUGCUUAUUUCAUUGAUGUCAACAGAUGUUACUAAAAUUUUCUAUAUUAACAUCUUAAAAAAAGGCAAGUUGCAUAAUUAAUUAUCAAUCACUUUAUUAGUUUUUUGAUUUUUAUUAAAUAAUACCAUUGUUUUGUUUAAAUUAAUGUUAUAUUUUUAAAUUUAUGAGUAAAUAUUCAUGGUACUUUUGCAUAUUCACCAUAUAAUGACCUUAGUGUUUGUUUUCCUACGAAAACCUGGGGUUUUUGGAUUGAGGGUCGGCUGUACUUUCUUCCAUUGAUUUUUUUAUGUGAUGAAAAUGUUUAAAGAUGUGUUGAUGUAUAAAAUAUGUGGCUUACAAAAAAUAGUUGUGUUGUCAAGUAUAUAAGUUUUUAUGCACAUAAAUAGGCAUGCAAUAAAAAAAUUAAUACC